ACUACAAUUAUGGGCCACAAGUGGGAACAGUUAAAGGUGCAGCUUCAGGUACCCAAGGAUGAAGACUCCUACUACGACAACACUAGAUGGUGCAAUCGAGACUUGAUUCCAAUGCCUCCGGAGAGACGAACCUGGGGUAUUUGGGGAUAUUGUGGAUACUGGACUGUUUCCGGCUCGUGUAUCUCGGCGUGGUCGACAGGAAGUACUCUUCUCGCCUUUGGGCUCAGUCCCCAGCAGGCCAUUGGCGUUGUGAUUGUCGGAGGUAUACUCACUGGUUUGUUGGCUGUGGCCUGCGGCUGGAUGGGUGAAACACAUCACAUUGGAUUCACCGUGUCUUCUCGGUUCUCAUGGGGUAUGAACGGGUCAUAUUUUCCCGUCGUACUUCGAGUGUUUGUCGCUUGCAUGUGGUUUGGCAUGCAAGCUUACUGGGGAGGCCAAGCGACACGAGUGUUGUGGGGCGCUAUCAUUCCAGGCUUCGCCAACAUGAAAAACUUCUUCAGUGAAGGUUCCCAUCUCCUGACCAAAGACUUUAUCGGACUAGUCAUAUGGAUGCUGGCCUUUAUCCCGCUCGUCCUCGUACCUCCUGAACGACUUCAAGUCCCCUUUGCCAUCUCCUUUUUCCUGUUUGCAGGAUCCUGCAUUGGUCUACUGAUAUGGGCUGUGCAUAAUGCUGGAGGCGCAGGGAGUAUGUUCCACGAACCAGGACAUGCCGAGAACACCGGUUGGGCCUUUAUGUUCGGCAUCACGGCCAUCCUCGGUGCCUGGGGAGCCGGGACGUUGGGCCAGUCGGACUGGACUCGUUACGCCAAUCGCAAAUUCGCCCCUACGGUAUCUCAGAUGGUUGCCGCGCCCAUCACCAUCGCGGUUACGGCCAUCAUUGGGAUCAUAGUCACCAGUGCCUCGGCCGAUAUUCUUGACGGUGAAAUCGUUUGGAAUCCAAUCUACCUACUAGCCGACAUCCAAGAUGAGUACCAUUCCAGCCCAAGAUCUAGAGCGGGAGUCUUUUUUGCAAGCUUGGGACUUGUCAGCUCUCAACUAGCGAUCUCUGUUGUGUUAAACUCCGUCUCGACCGGUAUGGACAUGGCCGGUCUCUGGCCCAAAUACAUCAACAUCCGAAGGGGGAGCUAUAUCAUGGCCUGUAUCGGCAUCGCAACUCAACCGUGGCAACUACUCAGCACCGCAGACAAGUUUCUCAAGGUCUUGAGCGGAUUCGGAGUAUUCAUGGCACCAGCUACGUAUGUCUACUCUCACAGUGCGAAUGUUAUACCAAAGCCAUGCCCUUGGAGACUGACCAUUUGAAUCCGUACUGUUUAGGGGAGUCAUGUUGGCCGACUACCACCUCGUCCGUCGAAGGAAACUGAAACUCAAUGAUCUUUACACCGGCGACUCUUCCUCAAUUUAUUGGUUCAACAAGGGUGUCAAUUGGCGUGCCAUCGUGGCUUUCCUUUCCGGCGUCUGGCCAUUGUUGCCCGGCCUGGUUGGUACCGUCGACAACGUCACCGACUCAUCAUUCACGGGUUGGAUCCGCUUGUACAAUCUGACCUUUAUCGUCGGCUUGGCAAUGAGUUUUGCUGUUUUCUGGGUCUUGAAUUAUUUCUUCCCUCCCUACGGACUUGGCCAGGAAGCCCCGUUUGUGGAUGAAGUUCUUUCGGGUCUCGAGCAGCAGCAUCGGCCCGGAUCACGGAUUGGCGCCGGCGCCGGCAAAGGUGGUGAAUUCGUCGAUGAGGAGGUCAACGAGAAGCACCACGGGGUCGGAGUUGCAGCCACUGUGUCUGUCUAGCUGCUGAGUUCAGGGUGUAGUUGGGAAACCGUUUCUCCAUGACAGUGGUCAUACAUCUGCCAUGCUAGCUACUAUUAGAGAUAGUGAUCGACAUUGGCUCGAGUAUGAAGAAGACUUUUC